AUGUCAUCUCAUGGUCCACAGAAUCGGGCAUUCUCAGUCACCCACCAGAGGGCCAUCCUCGACAUCAAACUAGACGGAACCAUCAACGCAAUCACCGAGAUCACCAUCCUACCACUCUCAGCCGACCUCAACACAGUACACCUCCACUCAUCCCACUGCACCAUCUCAUCCAUCUACCAUCCCAGCCAACACCCAAACAACACCCACCAACACAAACAGCCACUCCACUUCAUCCUCAACCAACCCAACCUCGUCAGGAUCCCCGACCCAAACUCAGUCAGGCAAUUUCCAGAAGCAAAACGCAGGCUAUUCGAACAAGUUAACGAGAAGGAGACUGGCGAACUAGCCAUCCAGAUCGAUCGACACAAGAUCAAUCGGACCAGCAAUCGCCAAUCUGCUACCAGCUUACUACCCCCAUCCGAUCAACAUCAACUCUCAGCUCAGAAGGACAAAGACCUAGAAUUCGAUCCGAUCAUCAUCACCAUCGAAUACCAGAUCACUCAAGCUGACCUCACCCUCAACCCAGCCAUCUGCGUCGUAGGCGGACAACACCCUCACCUAUUCACCAAUUCUAUCUCGGCCAGGUCUUGGGUUCCCUGCUUGGAUUCGCUAUGGGAAAGAAGCCCAUGGGAACUCGAGUUUAUCGUACCCAGAUCAUCCAUCACCAACCAUGCGAAACCAUCCCCACUCACCGUCGUCGCAUCCGGUGAACUGAUCGAACAAAUCAUCCAUCCAACCGACCCUUCCAAGACCGUAUUCUAUUACGCACAAGCCAUCCCGACCUCAGUCCAACACAUAGCUUGGGUAGUCGGCCCUCUCACCGUCAACGACCUGACUCCCUAUCGACCUCCCCCACCUUCUAGCCCACAUCAAGAUAAGGCCGAUCAACCAGUCGAUCAAAAGAUCAUCACCGAUCAACACCAUCAAUCCUCUACUGAGAUCAAUCUACUUGCCUUCUGUCUCCCCAACAGACAGUCCCAACUCCUCCAUGUCGUCAACUUCUUACCUCAUGCUCUCUCUUUCUUCACCCAGGAAUACGGUUCUUACCCAUACUCAUCCUACAAGCUCGUCUUCCUCGACAUGUCUGCUGCCACUCACUCCAUCUGUGCUACCUUCAACUCAGCCACCUUGACCCUCUGUCCAUCCGAUCUACUCUACCCACCUCAAGUGAUCGACCAAGUAUAUGAAACCAAACCGGUCCUCGUCCAAUCUCUCGCCAGCCAAUGGAUCGGCAUUAACAUCAUCCCAAAAUCUCCAUCCGACACCUGGCUCAUCAACGGUCUCUCACUCUAUAUCACCGGUUUAUAUUUCAAGGUGAUCUGGGGUACCAACGACUAUCGAUAUCGGAUCAAACAGGAAAUCAUGAAAUGUGUCGAAAUGGAUGUUGAUAAACCACCGAUCUGCCACCUGGAUUGCUUUAUCGAUCGACACCGAAGUCUUGGGCUUUGUCAACCUCAAAGCAAGUCUCGUACUUUACAUCCUCGAUCGACAUCUCAGGCGAUCGGGCGGUGGCACAUCUCUCGGCUUGAUUUUCUACGGAUCUGUCGAAAGUUGAACGGAAAUGAAUUGAAAUCUUGGGCUGAUCAAUGGAUUUAUGCAUCCGGUUGUCCGAUCUUCCAAGUCACUGCAUACUUCAAUCGUAAGAAGCUAACUCAUGAGCUUACCUUGAGGCAAUUGAAUCGUUCAAAGCAGUACUACGAAGAUGAUCAGACCAGUUGGGCUGAGAAGUGUAACCUGAAACCAGUCGACCGAUUCGAAGGCCAGAUGUCAAUACGAAUCCAAGAGUCUGACGGAAUACCUUAUGAACAUGUACUCGACAUCAAAGAACCUUUCAAGCGCUACGAGCUACCCUCUAACCACAAGAACAAGAAAUUCAAACGUUCCAGUCGCCGCUACGCUUCAUCCAACCAAGCUCCAGAUCUCACUGAAACUUCAACAGAAACGUUCACUUAUCCGCCUUGGGAGCGCUCACAAGAGGAACGUGAUCGAUGGAAAGUUGAAGAUUGGACGGAAGAGGAAGAUCUGUUCAUUACUCAAUCUAAUGUCGAGUGGAUUCGUCUGGAUGUAGAGGUCGAAUGGAUCUGUGAAUUCAGAUUUGAGAUGAAGGAAUUCAUGUGGUUAGAACAACUCCAGAGGGACCGCGACGUCGUCGCCCAACUAGAGGCAGUUAGAGCUUUGAAGACUCUACCUUCAAAGGUUGUCUCCAGUCACUUGUGUCGAGUAGUUCUCAUCUCGGAAUACUUCUUUCGGAUUCGUAUUGAGGCUAUAUUAGCCCUGGUCUCGUGUGCAACCAGUCGGUGUGGCUUUCUGGGUCUAUUCCAUCUCCUCAAAAUCUUCCAAUCACGCUUCUGCUAUCCUCCCCAAGUCGAACCUGACAGUCCGUGGCACAUCAGAGCAAUUCCCAAGCCCAACCAAUUCGACAAUUUUGCCGAUUAUUUCAUUCGAAAGGCACUCGUGGUUGCCCUUUCACACGUGCGAGAUCAGAACAACAACUCACCUUCGGUCUGCCAUCAGUUCUUUCUUGAUCAGCUGGUCUAUAAUGACAAUUCCUUGAACCCGUAUUCCGAUGCCCAUUACAUAGCGACAACGAUCGGAUCUAUGACCGAUUCUUUAAUUCAUCUGGCCGAUAAUGCAGGAAGGGAACAACUGGUAGAAAUCUUCGGGACCAAGGCUCUUUCAACAGGAACAAAUGGCGACUUGGAGAAGACAUGCGACAAAAGAUUACUACUCAUGAUCAACGAACUCGAAAGAUGUUUCAUGGCUGAUCGACUGGUGCCUUCAUAUCGUAAUUUGAUCGCAAUGGCUGUCAUUGAAGCCAAGUUGAAAUUAAUGUUUGCCGGUUUAUUGCCGGUUGAUUUGGUCUUCUUUUUGCUGUGCGCAAGACCGGGAAAUUAUCUUCCCCUCCGAAUCCUAGCAUUUGACUGUCUUCUGCUCUUACGAGGAUUUCAGGAAAAGGCAAUCAUUCGGUACAUGUUCAUGGUACUACGUGAUGAUUCAUCUCUGCUCGUUCGCCGGCGGUUGGCCAUGGGUCUGGUCCAGUGUUUACCGAUUCUAGUGUUGAUUGAAGAACUCGGUAUGGAGCCCUCUGACCAGAACUUCUCGGUGAUCGACGAAAGUCAUCCACUCAAUACCCAAAAGUUUGAUCACAAGACCGUCACAAAGCAUCUGAGGGCCGAAGUUGGCCGUGCGCUAAUCUUGAGAGAAUGCAUUAUGUCUGUUAUGUUACACCCCACCGUAGACACAGAUGUGCAAACAUGCCUGUUGAAGAUAUCAGAGGUUCUAUUCAAACCUUCGGAUGAAUCUGUUCCUGUUCGAAUUCCCGAAGAAAAACAACCCCCGGUGGAAGCUCCCGUGCCCGUUGCUACAAAAAUUCGAAUCCAUGCUCCCUCAGUACCCCCCAUUGAACCUUCCCAAUCCCCAGCUCCCCUCCCAAAAAUUAUUUUGAAAGAUCAUCAGCAGCACUUGGCUAAUGAUACCGACCCUGGAGGGUCCUCACCCCCGCGCCUGCCGCCACCAGAUGUACCCUCGAAGUUGGCCGCGGCCUUGAUAAGGAAGCCAAAACCACCACCCAAACCGAAAAAAUUCCAGGCGAGUGGGAUGACGAUUCCUGACCAUAAGAUGUGUCAGAACUUGUUAAAAAAGCUGGCUAGUAAUCCUUUGAGUCAGCCUUUUCGGAAACCGGUUGAUCCUAUUCGGGAGAGUGCUCCCAACUAUUUCAAUAUCAUAUCCAAUCCCAUGGACUUUAAGACAAUGGGCCUCAAGCUCGAAAUGGGACAAUAUCCUAACCGGGAGGCAUUCAAGGAUGAUGUCAAUCUGAUUUUCAAGAAUUGCAAAACCUACAACUUACCUGAUUCUUCGCUUGUGGUCAAAUACGCCGAACCAUUAAAGGCCACAUUUGAUAAACUGUGGGAGCGCUCUGAGAAAACAAUGAGUGCCAUUCAAGCCAAAGGCCUUGGUGGGGUGAACCCAGGUCGCCUACAACCAACGGAUGCAAAGUCAAUUGUGGCACCAAGUAAUGUUGUACCGCUUGCUCCACCACCAUCGUUUGCAGCCUUUGCUGCCGGCGGCUCGAUGAUUCCUCCGGUGUCAUCAUCACCAAUCUCCCCCGGGUUACCACCUCCUCCUCCCGUGCCAUCACGGAUGAGCCCAGAAGCUUCGAGACCCGGUAGGCUUAAAGUCAAGCUCAAACCAAGGACCUCGAUAUCCACUGGUAGUACCACAUCAGAAAUUCUUCCCGAAAACAAUUCAUCGAUACCCCCCGCCCCAAAAUCCGGGUUGAAGAUCAAAUUCACGACCACAGCUACUAACUCGACCCUUGCCAAUCCACCUUCGACACCGACAACUGUUAAACCAGAAGGCGGAGUAUGCAUGUCAUCGACAUAUCCAUCAAUACCAUUUCCUGCUUCUUCAUCGUCCACCUAUCCCCCGCCACCACCACCUAUAAUUUCUAUGGCCCCUCCUAAGUCACGGCCACCACCAACUCCCUCAUUUGUACCACCCCCACCCCCACCCCCACCAACAUUCGAGUCAUUUUCCCUCGCGGCCCAGCUUGGCCCCAAACCUACGCCCGCUCCGACCCGAACGGAAAAGCCCUCUGUAGAAGUAGAAACAUCCGAUCCUUUUCCCAAUCUGCUUGAAAAACCUACCAAGUCUAAAAAACGUCCAUCAUCUUCUCAGCCUACGUCUAUUGCAGCGCCACCACCACCUCCAGGGUCGUCGUCGUCUCAAAAGCCUGUAAAAAGAAAUAACCUGAUUGUCCAAUUUCCAAAACCACCGGCAUUACCACCCCCGUCUGCACCGGCUGUUAUCACUCCAUCCUCAGCACCUGGUCCCACUAUCGGUUUGCCGAAUUUCCCUGCCCCGCCACCGCCCUCGUUACCCAAACUUGACUUGAAAUCUUCCAAGCAUCCAACACCUCCUACAUCUUCCAUCCCACCAGCAAAAUCCACUGUCAAUCCUCCCUUAUCUUCCAACCCCAUAAAGAUCAAGGUCGUACAAAGACCAGCGCCCCGGCCGGUUGUUCAAGAUCGCCCAGAAUCAUCCGUACCUUCCGACGUAGCGAAUUUUCUCCAAACAAUAAAACAAAGUUGGAGAAGAGUCCAAAAUCAAAGAAAAAUUGACGGGUACCAGGAGUGUGACUGUUUCCUACUAAAACACAUCUGGAACGUCUCUCACCCAAUCCAGUUGACUCCCCUGUCAAGAGGUUCAACUUCCACCAGUACCUCUGCCGUCUCCCACUGGUCAGGAAGUCGAAAGACUAAAAAGGUCGACCUUUACCGGAGCACAUCGAGCAAAGCUCAGGACAUCGGUCUUCUCCACCUAAGUCCAUCCACCUCCACUGCCGCCGGGAAAUCGGUAACAUUGGCACCCCCUCCUAGCUCUUCAGUUGUCAGCGAGCCAGUAAAGGCGGCCAGUCCAGUGGCCGAUGAUCUACUGAACCCAAAGAAAGCCAAAGUGAUCAUCCGAAAGAUGAUGGAGCACCCGCAAGGGGUUUGGUUCCGGAUUCCGGUCGAUCCGAUCGCUGUCGGUGCGCCGACCUACUUGGACGAAAUCAAAAACCCCAUGGACCUUUCGACGAUGCUCAAGAAGCUUGAUAAGGGGACGUACAAGCGCCACUCCGAACUGAUGGCAGACUUCGAGUUGAUCGUCUCUAACUGCGUCCAAUUUAAUGGCGCUGAGAGCCAGCUGGGUUUGGAGGCUAAGGCGCUAAAGAAAGUUUGGGAUCUCGAAUGGGAAAAAGCUGCCAAAAUGUCUUAUACCGACAAACGAUCACUGUUGGGUUUGUUCAAUAAGUUGAACCAAGUACCUGGUGUUGAGUUGUUUAAUGAGCCAGUCGACCCGGUCAAAUACCAAAUUCCUACCUACUUUGCGGUGAUCGGCGGCCAACAGAACGCGCGAGAUCUGGGGACGAUCAAAGCGAACCUAGUGGCGGACCGAUACAACAGCAUUGGCGAGUUCGAGGCGGACGUCCGACUGAUGCUAAAAAACUGUUUCACGUUCAAUGCGCCCACGACGCCGGUGGAGGUGAUCGGACGAGACCUCGAGAAGGCCUUCGACCUCGCCAUGGUCAAGGUUCGUAAGGAUGCCGGCUUGCCCCCUCCUGCCGGAUCAGCUAACGCUGGAAAUAAACGGAAGGGCGCCGAACCCGCUGCUUCCUCUAAACGAUCCCGCGUCGGCUAA